AUGGACGAGUUGAACGGGCCCACCUCUCAAUCCUGGACUUGGUACGAACUCUUUUGGUGGAUAGUGGCGUUGAAAGUCAAUUGUGUUUUAUGGAGUUCUCAGGAAGUAGAUUACAACCAACUUCAACCCUUCGCUGCUCCCCUCUUCUACCGAGCUCAUGCUGAACGUGACAAACUUAAGCCUCGGUAUCUUCCAGGUCUUCUCAUGGGUUAUGAAACCAAUACAAGCAAUUAUCGAGUCUGGGAUAUCUCAAAGCACACUAUCAUCAUAACUCAAGAUCUAAGAUUCCCCAAACCGUCACACAUUGGUCCCCUUGCGCCCACAUUGUCUUCAGUCUCUCCACCAUCGUCUCCCAUAUAUAUCGCUACACCAAUUUCUACUAACACUCCCUCAACUGAACAAAACAAAAACAGUCCACGAGGUAUCACAGAUGAAGAGAAUGGGGCGGAUGAAGUAGUGAGGGAUAGGGGGAGUUAUCAAAAUGAACAAAACUGGCGAGGUUGGGCAAUUGGACAAGAUCCUCGCUUUGACCGCUCUCCUGCACCAUCUCCCCCAUUACCUGUUUCUUCUAGCCAAAUAGAAAACACUGGGCCUCGACGCUCACAAAGACAAGCUGGUCAUGACGCUGAACACAUCCCUUGGAGUCUUGAGGAAUCACUUGCACUUCCGUCAAAUGCUGAUCUUGACUCAAUCACCGUGUCAAGGAUACUGCCCACCCUGGGACAGAGGACAAAGGACAUGGGGACAUGGACUAGGAGUGACAAGGAAUAUACUUAA